AACCCGGCCAGGUCACGCGUGCGAAUUAAGACGUGGACGCGAUGCGAGCGGCCUCCCAGCCGGCGGGCGUGUGGGUGGACUCGAGCGUCAUCGAUGUUUCAUAAUCGCGAUUGCCGACGACCUGCACACCGGCUCACCGCCCGCGUGGCUGUGGGAGAGCAAAGCUGAUCGUGAUGAGAGUUCAGAUCCUCGUUGGGGGCUUGACUUCGAGCCGCUCGAGGUUGAUACAGUACUGCUUUGUGGGGAAUUCCACAGUGGUUGUCCAACGGAUCGAACUGUCCCGGUCAUAGGAAUGUGGAAGUCAAAUCACUGGCCCGGGGCUGUUUGUAGGGGUCUAGGGGACUCGCACCAACCCAAUAUUUCUGCACUCAUUUAUGCAGUUACUCAUUUUGACUUUAAUCGAUUCAUGUUAAUAAUCAUCACGAUCGUCAUUGUCACACUCAAUACAUUAUCAGUCGUCAUCAUUCAUCGAUUACUCUAUGCAUCGUUCACCUGUACAUGUGGUGUUGUACAGUAUUGCAUGAUUUCCACAGGACCCACGCUCUCACAUUUACGAAUCGCGUUUCACGUGUUCGUCCCCCCAACAAUUCCCUCCCGUGCACGCGGGCUACCGUAGUCACGUGGUGCACUGGAAGUCGGCGGGAAACUCAAGUCGCUGUUCCGAUACCGAAAAUCAUUCCUCCCGUCACUCUCAUUCCACUCGUCACUCUCAUUCCACUCGUCACUCUCAUUCAACUCGUUACACUCAUUCCACUCGUCACUCAUUCCUCUCGUUCCUUCCGUUCCCUGCGGCCAAGGCGGCGAUGGAGCGACCAGCGGCUCAAGGCAGCAGCAGCAGCAGCAGUAGGGCGAGGUGGCCGGGUCUCCUGCCCCGUCGGCACCGGAACGGUGGCCCGGGUCUGGCGCCCGAGCUGACGGGGACGGCGCCGCGAGCCGCCGCGUCGGGCGCAGACUCCCCGGAGCUCGAGCCGCUGCGGCUCCUCCUCGCGGGCACGGAGCCCGACGUCUCGCGGCUGCUGCUCGACGUCUCCCGGGCCGCGGGGAGCCUCGCGAGGCGCGUGGCGCUCGGGCGCAGCGUGCAGGAGGCUGAGAAGGAGAUGAAUUCGCACAAGGUGGCCUGGCUCAAGGGGAAGGUGCUGUACGAUGAGAUCCAGGAUAUUUUGCGUGACCUCAAAAUACGGAUUGGGGACAACGUUGCCACCUCCGAGGACAAAUGCUUUUUCCAGACACUGGAGCAGUGCCUCUUCGUCACGGAGAGCAUCCGUCUGCUCGGGACGGACUCUGACAGAGAGGACAAGCCGCCCCUGCUGAGGCUGCACCGCGACGACCUCCGCCAGCUGCUGCCCAAUGCUCAGGAGCAGAAUAAGAUGAAGGACAGGCUGGCCCAGGAGUUGGAGGAGAAGUUGAGCCAGAAGUGUUUGUCUCUCUUCUACUACUUCAGUCCAGAGAAGGCGCAGGGGGAGGCGGAGAGCGAGGCACUGCGCCUGGCCAAGGCGUGCCGCUUGCACGAGCUGGUGCGCGCCGAGCAGCAGGCCGUGCAAGGCGGCGCCGCUCGGCUGUGCGAGCUGCGGACCGCGCACGAUGCUCACGUCAGCACGCACCUCAAGACGCUGCAGGCCUCCAAGGCGGUGCUGGAGAAGAUGCUGCAAGACCACCGCCUGUCACGUCAGGCCCAGAGCGACGCCGUGAAGGUGGCCUACCUGCAGGCCAAGCACAAGACCAUGUACCUCAAGCUGCAGCUCGAGGAAUUGAAUAUUCUGUGUGACACAUACACCCCCGACAAGGUGCAGGCCCACAAGAUCAUCAACCGUGUUCCCCGAUGCCGUAGGAGAGAGCUGAAGGCCGCCAUGGCCACGGAGAAGAAGGAGCAGGCGCGGGUGAGCGGCGAGCUGGCCACGUACGGGACGCUGGGGCCCGAUUUCGAGCGGCUCGUGCAGGAGUACACGCAGCUGCGCGAUGCCAUCGACAACAAGAAGUGGGCGUUGCGGGAGUUCAGGAAGAACGCGGCGUGACGUUGGCGGCCGCGGCCUGGGCCCCGGGCCAUCGCGGCGAGCAAGGAGGGGGCCCACGACGCCAAGUCGGUGCUGCCGCUUGCGGCUCGUACCGAGAGCUCAACCUUGCGACGGAGCGUGGGCGACCAAACGCAGACUUCGUGAUCAUCCACUUGGACUGCCUCACCCACCGAGGCUGCUCGCUCUUCAGCUGCUCAAUCCCCUCAUACUCGGUCAUGAUCAAUGUGCAUUGCAGAUUCACCAUCAUCAGCCAUUAUAUCAAUCUCUGCAGCGCAGUCAUCCCCUUCAAAAACGUUCUUAACCUCCCACUGCAUAAUUUCACCACAGAGCAAAGGGCAUGGCUAGCGAGUGUACAGGCAGUGCAAUUGCACCGCAUCCCACAGGCUGUCGGGGACGAGGAUCCCGGCCUCGAAGAGGGGUUGGAAGGGAGACAUGGGGGCAGGGAUGUGCACUUACUGUUUUGUACCAGGACCAGUGCCUGCCACCGCUUCAGCAGCAGGCUUUGGCAAAUGUAAGCCAAGUGUGCGUCUUUUCUCCGUAACAUAACGCCACUAGUGAAGAAAUACAUUGUGCUGUUUUAUUUUGUUAUACGUUUCCAUGUUGCUCUUAGGUUAACAAUUGCACGACCGCGUGCAUUUGUAAGAUGUCUCAAAUAAAUUCGAAAGA